CUAACCUCCGGUUGUUGAGUUAUUAAAAAUUGUCAUUUUUAAUUUACAUUGUUAAAAUUAAAUUGGAAUAAUGGCAUUCAAUUUUCCAGCAUUUUCUUAUAUAAUUGCUUUAAUAGUCGACGCCUUUUUGAUAUUUUUCUCGCUAUUUCACGUAAUAGCAUUCGAUGAAUUAAAAACUGAUUACAAAAAUCCUAUUGAUCAAUGUAAUAGUCUAAACCCGCUUGUGUUGCCAGAGUACCUGCUCCAUCUACUCUUCAACAUCUUGUUUGCCGCAUCAGGAGAAUGGUUUUCACUUUGUCUAAAUAUACCUCUGAUCGCCUACCAUUUCAAUAGGUAUCGUACACGUCCAGUGAUGUCAGGUUAUGGAAUAUAUGAUCCUACAAGCAUCAUGAAUGCAGAUGUACUUACGAGGUGCCAAAGGGAGGGAUGGGUCAAGCUAGCCUUCUACUUACUCAGCUUUUUCUACUACCUAUACGGAAUGAUAUACGUGUUAAUUUCCAACUGAGAAUUGACGGCCACCUCGACCGUACGACAAGACAUUUUCGAACAGUAAAAUCAUUAGUUUUAGUAACAAAUACAAAGACAGUUGGGAAUUCGGUUCUCGAUAUUAUGCAGAGUAUUUCUGAUGAUGAAAAGAUAUUGGAGGAAUAGAAACGCAUAAUUUGCAGAACUGACUUACCCAUGUAAUCGCCAGGUAUGAUGGAAAGUAUGUACUUUAAUGUUUUGUUAGUAUUUUUACAAGAGGAGCUAAGUAGGUUUUUGUGAAGAAUUAGUUAUUUGUUAUACUGGAUACUUUUUUUUAACUCACUAAUUAAUUAAAUCCUACGAAGACCAAUUUAAUAAUGCACACAUUGGAAAAGUCUAGGGGUAUUUUUAGAAAGAAACGUAAGUUCUUCUGUAAUU